AUGAGCGAGGGUCGACUAUUGAGUAAGAUUCUGAACAAGUGUUCGAAGCGUCGUUUGCUUGGUCAGGGAAAGCAAGCACAUGGGGUUGUGGAGAAACUAGGGUUUAGACUUGAUCUGGUUUUGAACAAUGAUCUUAUACAUAUGUACUCAAAAUGUGGUACCAUGGAUUUGGCUUGUUCGGUGUUUGUUCGAAUGUCUCAGAGAAAUGUAGUGUCUUGGACGGCUCUAAUGUGUGGAUAUCUGCAAAAUGGUGAUGCCAGAGCCUCUUUGCUUUUGUUUUCUAAAAUGGGUCGUUCAGAUGUUAGGCCAAAUGAGUUCACACUAUCCACAAGUCUUAAAGCAUCUGGGAUUUUGGGAAUCGCUCAGAAUGGAAUGCAGAUACAUGGCUUUUGUGCAAAAUCUAAUUUUGAUUGGGUACCUGUUGUGGGCAAUUCUACGAUGGACAUGUAUUCCAAGUGUGGGAUGGUUAGGGAGGCAGCGCAAGUGUUCAACACUCUGACAGAGAGAAAUGUUAUAAGUUGGAAUGUAAUGAUUGCUGGGCACUGCAACGAUGGUAAUGGUGGAGAGGCUUUGAGUCUAUUUCGUGAAAUGCAAGCGAAUGGGGAAGUUCCAGAUGGAUAUACAUAUUCAAGCUCGUUGAAGGCGUGUAAUUGUGCUGGUGCGGUGGGAGAAGGAAUGCAAAUCCAUGCUGCGUUAAUCAGACAUGGAUUUCCUUACUUGGCUGAAUCAGCUGUUGCAGGUGCUUUGGUUGAUCUGUAUGUCAAAUGCAGGCGCAUGGCUGAAGCUAGGAGGGUGUUCCAUCGAAUUGAAGAGAAGAGUGUGAGGUCUUGGAGCACACUAAUUCUUGGUUAUGCACAUGAAGAUAAUUUGUCAGAAGCAAUGAACUUGUUUAGGGAGUUGAGAGAGAGCAGACAUAGAAUGGAUGGGUUUGUACUCUCGAGUCUCAUAGGGGUAUUUGCUGAUUUUGCUCUUGCAGAGCAAGGGAAGCAAAUGCAUGCUUAUGCCAUAAAAGUGCCGUAUGGUUUAUUGGAAAUGUCUGUGGCUAAUUCAGUGCUGGAUAUGUACAUGAAAUGUGGGCUAAUAGAUGAGGCGGAUGCACUUUUCAGAGAGACGGUAGCAAGAAAUGUGGUUUCAUGGACCGUUAUGAUCACUGGUUAUGGGAAACACGGUAUUGGGAACAAGGCAAUUGAACUGUUUAACCAAAUGCAAAUGAACGGAAUAGAACCUGAUAGUGUAACUUACUUAGCUGUGCUCACAGCUUGCAGCCAUUCUGGACUCAUCAAAGAAGGUAAAAAAUACUUCUCUAGUUUAUGUAGAAAUCAGCAAAUCAAACCUCAAGUAGAGCAUUAUGCUUGCAUGGUUGAUCUCCUUGGACGAGGUGGACUCUUAAAGGAUGCAAAGGAUCUCAUUGAGAAAAUGGCCCUAAUGCCAAAUGUGGGCAUAUGGCAAACACUACUUAGUGCUUGUAGAAUGCAUGCAGAUGUGGAAAUGGGGAAACAAGUGGGAGAAAUACUUAUGAGAUUGGAUGGUAAUAAUCCAGCCAACUAUGUCAUUUUUUCAAACAUGUAUGCAGCUGGAGGGUAUUGGAAAGAGAGUGAGAAACUAAGAGAAACCGCGAAGAGAAAGGGAUUGAAGAAAGAAGCAGGACGCAGUUGGGUAGAGAUAGACAAGGAAAUUCAUAUUUUUUAUAAUGGAGAUGGCAUGCAUCCUCUCAUAGGGGAAAUUCAUGAAGUGUUGAAAGAAGUGGAGAAGAGGGUGAAGGAUGAAAUGGGGUAUGUUCAUGGUGUAAAUUUUUCCUUGCAUGAUGUUGAAGAGGAGUCAAAGGUAGAAAGUUUGAGGGUGCAUAGCGAGAAAUUGGCUAUUGGGUUGGUUUUGGUUAGACGGGGACUGAAAGUAGAAAGGGUGAUUAGGAUUUUCAAGAACUUGAGGGUUUGUGGGGAUUGUCAUGCAUUCAUCAAGGGUUUGUCAAAGGUUUUGAAGAUUGUUUUUGUGGUGAGAGAUGCAAAUAGGUUUCACGAUUUGAGGAACGGCUUCUGUUCAUGUGGAGAUUACUGGUGAAAUGAUACUAAUUAUAACCAAAUUGCCCUAUUGGCAUGUAUUAUAGCAAACUG